AAUGCAGUUAAUACAUGUAUACUAAUUAUAGAUGUGGUAUUAUCAUUAUUUAGUUUUACAAUGUUCUAAAGAAAGUCGCAUUUGCAUUGUUAGUUUUUAAUGCGAUCUGUGCAUUAUAUAUACACAUAGAUAUAAUAAAUAUAUUAAUAAGUGCUGCAUCCUUUAACAGAAUUUAAACAUCCGUGUCAAUGACUUGCAGUAUAUUAUAAUCAAAUGGUCAAUCGACCAAUAUCGUCAGCUUGAACCAUGAUUCUUGCAAUUUAAAGGAGUUCAUGCCAUCGAUUUAUUAGGUUGUAUCAUUAGUAGGAAAACUUGAUAUUAAUUUUAGUGUUUGAUGAAUGUUAAUAAGCAGUUCUCCUUUAAUGAGACAUAAACAACUCUGCGUUAAGGCGUAACUACAUGUAGUGGUAUCAAUAUUGGAAAUCUUACGGAUUAGAAAAUCAUUAUAGGAUUAGAAGAGCAGAAGAAUUGAAAGGAUCGAACUCGAGAUGUAUGGACAUAUACACUUGUGUAUAAAGGAAUUAGUACUAGAUAAGUUUGGACAAGAAGUAUGGGACAAUAUUUUGGAAAAGUCAGUAUUACACGAAGGUACGGAUUUCCUGGUAUUUCAAUCAUACCACGACGAUAAAACUUUUGCUUUAGUGGGAGCUGUGUGUGCAGUAUCAGGAAUACCGUUAGACACAGUAUUAGAAGUCUUUGGUGAAUAUUUUGUGCAGUACUGUUUUCGACAUGGAUACGAUCAACUAUUGAGAACACUUGGCAAAGACUUCAUAUCAUUUAUACAAAAUUUAGAUGCUUUGCAUGCAAAUUUACAACGCACUUAUUCUAAACUACGACCUCCAUCAUUCAGAUGUGAGCGAAAAGAUGCAGAUUCUGUUUAUUUGCAUUAUUUUACAGAAAGAACUGGCUUGCACCCAAUAGUAAAAGGUGUCGUAAAAGUUGUAGCAAGAGAAAUUUACAAUCAAGAAGCUGAAAUGGAAGUUAUAAGCAUAUCAAAACAACAAAUAGAAGGUGGACUUGACCAAGAACACGUGAUAUUCAUAGUUAAACUUAAAGACAUCGAUAAAAAGACGAUACCAGAUAACAGUUUGAAUGUUUUUCAAUCAAAUGGCAGUCAAACGUCUUUAAAUACUAGUCAUUUUUGUAAAGCAUUUCCAUACCAUAUUGUUUUUGAUGAAAAUCUUGAAAUCAAACAAUGCGGUGACAUGAUUCCAAAAAUAUUGCACAUGUGCUUGAAGGCAAAUACUUCAAUGACAACACUAUUUGAUAUAACCCAUCCUCCCAUGAAAUUCAAGCUUGAAAAUAUAUUGACGUUUAUCAACAGUGUAUUCUAUCUUGGAGUGAAGAAUAACAAAAGUGCAGAAACUAGACUUUUUCUCCGAGGUCAAAUGAUUUGGAUAGAUGAUUUACAUUUGAUGAUGUAUGUUUGUUCACCUCGACUUUCAAGUUUACUGGAGCUAAAACAACUCAAUAUUUAUUUGUCAGAUAUACCGUUGUAUGAUGUAACAAGGGAGUUAAUUCUUCUCAAUCAACAAAGAAUUGCUGAGAUUGACAUAGCGAAAAAACUGGAUGAAACGACAGCAGAAUUAAAGAUAACUUCUCGCCUUUUAGCAGAAGAAAAACAAAAGACUGACAAUUUGUUAUUUCAAAUGUUACCACAAAAAGUAGCUGACGAACUUAAAAAUGGCAGAACUGUUAAAGCUGAAAAGUUUGCCGAUGUUACUGUACUAUUCAGCGACAUAGUGACCUUCACUGAUAUAGCUGUAGCUUGUACACCAUUGGAUAUUGUCAGAAUGCUUAAUGAACUGUAUCAAAGAUUUGAUGCCAGAACAAGUGAACAUGACGUCUAUAAGGUUGAAACCAUAGGUGAUGCAUAUAUGGUAGUUAGUGGAGUACCAGAAGUCAAGAAAGUGCAUGCCCAGCCGGUUGCCAAAUUUGCUAUAGAUAUGAUAAAAGAAGCCAGCAAUGUGAAAUCACCAGCUACAGGAAAACCCCUACAAAUACGUGUUGGAAUCCACAGCGGUCCUGUAGUAGCCGGAGUUGUAGGUGUUAAAAUGCCAAGGUAUUGUCUCUUUGGUGACACUGUAAAUACGGCCUCACGUAUGGAAAGUCAUGGAGAACCUGGUCGUAUACAUAUAAGCCCGACAUCAUACAGUUUGCUCAAAGAUGAUGACUAUGUAUUCAGAGACAGACAAUGUAUAGAAGUAAAAGGAAAAGGUUCGCUACAUACGUAUUUCCUUGUUGGUGAAAAUGGUAGAUUAUUGUCAGAACCAGAAGAUGUAUUCCAUAAUCUUACAAUUUUGAAAAAAGACAUUCCAGUGAACGGAAGUGUGACUGAAACUAUAGGCUAUGAUAAUUAUAACGAUGAAAGAACACCCAUAAAAAUCAAUGUCGUAUUACAAGACAAUAAUCAGAUGCAUAGAAAUAAUAUCAACAGUGUUAAUAGAGAGAAUAAGAAUUUAAAAACGCAGUCCCGGUACAGCACCAUGUGUAAUGUUCUAUAAUGUGCUGUAAAUUGAAUAAUUCUGAGACUGUGAUCAAAAUUUUUGAAUAAAAUGGUGUUGUUAUCUUUG